UUUGCCGUGCCGGCACCAUCGCACCUUGUCCUCUGUCGUGGAUUGCAUGGAGCGCUCGACCGACGACACCGCCAGAGAGAGAGAAUGGAAAGAACGUCAGCAGACUUGUAUCGACUUCCCGCGGGGUUCAUUCUAUGUCGAGGCAUUUUUCCAAUGGCUCUACCCUUCGUGCUAUUGACUGCUGGCUAUUUUUAUGGCCUAUUGAAAAUGAAGGAAGAUCUGACCUCGGUACACAUAAGUGUCCUCAAAUGUGGCCCUAUAGUACUACUUGCUCUGCUCGCAAUAGUGACUGGACGACCAUCCUCGUAUAAGUCCCUAAUCGUAGUGGGCUUGCUAGUAUCCGUCGUUGGUGACUUCUACCUUGUCUGGCAUGACGAAGUAAACUUUAUCAAAGGCAUGGUGGCCUUCGCUCUCGCACAUCUCUUCUAUAUUAUCGCAUUCGGCUUUCGUGGAUUGGCGCCAAUUCCAUUUAUCGUUACUUUCGCUAUGGCAGCCGGCGCCUUACAUACAAUCCUUCCAAUGCUUGACGGAUUUCUCUUCAAGGCAGUUCCAGUCUACAUCGUAAUAAUUUCAUUGAUGUUUUGGCGAUCGCUAGCCCGCCUUCAUCCUGACUACGAUUGGUGCCAUGUCGUAAGUGCCCUGGGUGCUUUGCUGUUUGUAAUUUCCGACUUCAAUUUAUCGCUAAACGCAUUUUACUUUAAGGAGCCUUGCAAACAUGGUCAGCUAAUUACGAUGGUUACCUAUUACGGAGGACAACUAGCCAUCGCUUUGUCUGUAAUCGAUCGGAGAAGACUCGUCGAGGUACACAUGAAGAGCAUAGCAGGAAAAUCCAGGACACACUAAAUGUUCCGAUUCUAGCGGGCCGCUAACAAACCGCUAAGUAAGUUAGUAUUUUUGCGAUAGGAACAGUGAAUUGUUACUAUACACUAUAGAAAUAAGUACUGUUUUAUUAGGAGGUUUGGGCAUUUACUGCUGUAGGGAUUUACGUUUAAGGAAUUAACGAAAAUUCACAAGAAAAUGUAGCAGUUGUUUGUACGUUUAAUGUUAGUUACAUAUUUAUCUUGAAUGCGCAAGAUCUGUUCUGCUACUAUGGCGCAUGGAGGUAAUUCUUUUACCCGGCCUGUGAACGGCCACCUUCAACAAUUGCCUAGCUUUCUGUGUCCUAAUCGCUAGAUAACGAGGGUAUACGAAUCAGUGUUAUCAGAUGACAUUGUCGAACCGACAAAUUUUCAGAUUGCAACACAUUGUCACAAUAUACCUUAUUGAGUAUACUGGAAUUAUGUUAAAUAACACAAUCAGUUUCCAAUAAAUAUAUUUUUUAACUUAAGAUUAA